AUGGACGACCCGGAUUGGGACUCGACUUGGGAAGAGGACGUGGAGGACGCGGAGGGGGACGCUGGGGGCCAGAAGGCAGUGGGCGACGCCGACGGGGACGCGCCGGGAGACGAGGAGGAGGAAGACGAUGACGAGGAUGAAGAUGAGGAGCCGCCGCGGACAUCGAGGCCCAGCGCCCUCCAGGCCAGGAUGCUGGGCACACGGAACUGGCGGGCCAUGCAGGACAUGCGCAGGUACCGGCACCACUACCCGGACCUGGUAGAACGAGACUGCAACGGGGACAUGCCCAACCUGAGCUUCUACCGAAAUGAGACCCGCUUCCUGCCAAACGGUACGUGCCCACCUCCGCUGCCAGCCACUCUGCCGCCGGGGGGUGGUGUCUCUGACAUGGCGCCACAGCACCUGGGACUCCCAGCCCAGCAGCCACACUCCUACAUCCAGUGGUUGUUUCCGCUUCGGGAGCCAGGAGUGAACUGGCACGCCAAGCCCCUCACGCUCAGGGAGAUUGAGGCCUUCAAGAGCUGCCCGGAAGCCAUGGAGCGGUUCGUGCAGGCCUACGAGCUCAUGCUGGGCUUCUACGGGGUGCAGCUGGAGGACCGCGGCUCGGGGGCCGUGCUCCGCGCGCACAACUACCAGCAGCGCUUCCAGAACCUGAACUGCAAGUUCGUGUGGGCGCCCCACGACAAGCUGCAGCAGCCCCUGCCCCGCUCGCCUCCCCGUCUGGCCGGGGCGCCCCCGGACGAGGCCGACCCUCAGGGCCAGACCUGCGGGCAGGGCGGGGACAGUGCCCCCCAGGAGGCGGGGUCCCCCAAGAAGGACUGUGGAGACCCGCACAAUGAGGUGGGGGCGGGCGCCGAGCCCCCGAGCCCGAAGGAGAGCAAGAAGAGGAAACUCGAGGUGACCCGGGGUGGACAGGCUGCAGCCGAGCCAGGCCUGCAGGGCACCUCCGAGGUGGAGCGGAUCGCACUGAACCUGGAGGGCUGUGCCCUCAGCCAGGCCAGCCUGGAGGCGGCCAGCCCCGAGGGGGGCAGCCUGGAGGUGGAGGAAGACGAGCAGCCCUGCCUCCAGCCCCCUGGGGCCAAGGUGACCGAUGAGGUCAGGAAGCGCCGCAAAGUGGACAAAGGCGUGGGCAGUGGUGAUGAGGCCCAGGCGCCAGCCCCCACCUGGCCCCCAGCCGCACUGCAGGGGCCUGAGGACAAGGAGCCGGCAGGCCCCACACAGGGGGAGCAGGGUGCUCCUGAGAGCCCUCAAAAAGACCCGGUCGAGACUCCCACCAGACCCCUUGUGGGUGAAGGGGCCGAGGCCACCACCAGAGCCCCAGUGGGUGAAGGGGCCAAGGCCACCACCAGAGCCCCAGUGGAUGAAGGGGCCGAGGCCACCACUGGACCCCCAGUGAGUGAACAGGCUGAUGCCCCCACCAGAGCCUGCGUGGGUGAAGGGCCCGAGACCACCACCGGAUCUCCCAUGAAUGAAGGAGCUAAGGCCCCCACCAGAGCCCCUGUGGGUGAAGGGGACGGGGCCCACACCUGCAGAGCCAUAGAGGAGGGCCCUGCCCAGUGAGCAGCCAGGUCCCCAGAGAACCAAGAACAGCCCCUGGCGAACUCCAGCGGGGCUUGGAGAGCCUUUACAUACCUCAGCCACCUCCACCUCUGCCCCUCCUGUCUUUGUAAGCUGAUUCUUAGGGGCAGGGGGCUCUUUUUAAGUGUGGUGCCAAGGCCUUUUCUGAAUAAACUCGUUGAACUUUGAA